AGUGCUGUAAUGGAGUCUCAGGUGCGCCAGAACUUCCACCGGGAGUGUGAGGCUGCUAUCAACUGUGUUGUGAAUUUGGAGCUGCGUGCUAGCUAUGUCUUCAUGUCUAUGUCUUGCUACUUUGACCGUGACGAUGUAGCCCUGAGGCAUAUGGCUCAGUUCCUCAUGGAGCAGUCCCAUGAGCACAGAGAGCAUGCAGAGAAGUUCCUGCAAUACCAGAACAAGCGAGGGGGACGCAUUGUCCUGCAGGACAUAGAGAAGCCAGAGCGGGAUGAGUGGGGAAACAGCCUGGAGGUCUUGCAGCAUGCUCUGCAGCUGGAGAAGACCUUGAACCAGGCCCUGCUGGAUCUGCAUAAAGUGGCUACAGAGCAGAAUGAUCCUCAUCUGUGUGACUUCCUGGAGACUGACUACCUGGAGGAGCAGGUGAAGGCUAUCAAGCAGCUGGGAGACCAUGUCACCAACCUGAAGCGCCUGGGAGUACCUCAGAAUGGCAUGGGAGAGUACCUGUUUGACAAGCUCACCCUGGGGCACAGCAGCUGA